GAUUUCCUUAUGUUUGCAAAAACAACGACUUCGUCCAUUCGACUGGUUGUGCUCGACUACGCUGGCCUCUGUACAAAUCCCAUGGAUGUCCGCACCUUUUUCAAGAAUGUUAAGACAAUUGAGCAAAUUGUGAUUGAUCAUGGCCACAAACUAGAG